UCGGGGUGUGCACGGAAACCUUUUCCCAGAGGGAAAAGCUUUUGAGAGAAGAAGAUAGAGAGAGAAAUAGGCUUAUUGCUGUGUGAAUGAUGUUUUAGGGUUUCUUCGUUGUCAAUUCUCUGAACUUUAUUGCAUGCUUUUGUUUGUCUCAACUCCAUUCUUCUUAUCCUUUCUCGAAUUCUAAUCGGGAAAACCCUAAUUUCGCCCGAAAUCCAGCAAACAUUAUCUUGAUGCGAUUUUCUUGGCGAAUUUGCUGAAGGGAAAAAGAAAACGGAGGAAGUAAGCUGUGAUGGGUGCACCGGAGAAGUUGGCUACUUCCAGCAACAAUUCGAUGCAGCGUGUGAAGGUGUAUCGACUCAAUGAUGAUGGAAAAUGGGAUGAUCAAGGGACUGGUCAUGUCACUGUUGAUUAUUUAGAGAGAUCUGAAGAAUUGGGCUUGUUUGUUGUUGAUGAAGAAGACAAUGAAACACUGCUGAUGCAUCGUAUUUGCUCUGAUGAUAUAUAUCGCAAACAAGAAGAUACUAUAAUUUCAUGGAGGGAUUCAGAGUUUUCAAGUGAAAUAGCUCUUAGCUUUCAAGAAACCACAGGAUGCUCAUACAUAUGGGAUCAUAUUUGCAAUCUGCAGCGUAAUUUACAUUUUGAUACUAUUCGGAAUGACUCAUAUCAUGGGGCUAACAAUGAGUUAAGGGAGUUGCCAGCUGUAGAGUUAUCAACACUCCCUUCAAUACUUAAAGUUGUGGUUGAUGGUAGUGUUACAGAUCAGCUGUGUGUAACAGAGCUCAUACUACAUGAUCAAAUAUUUUUCCGAAAGUUGAUGGAUUUAUUUAGAGUAUGUGAAGAUUUGGAAAACGAAGAUGGGCUUCACAUGAUAUACAAAAUUGUCAAAGGAAUCAUUCUACUCAACAGUCCUCAAAUCUUUGAGAAAAUAUUCAGUGAUGAAUUAAUAAUGGAUAUUAUCGGGUGUCUUGAAUAUGACAUGGAAACACCUCAUGUACAUCAUCGAAAUUUCCUUAAAGAUCAUGUUGUUUUCAAGGAGGCUAUUCCAAUUAAAGAUCCUCUAGCCUUGUCAAAGAUACAUCAAACAUACAGAAUAGGUUAUCUGAAGGAUGUUGUGUUGCCUAGGGUUUUGGAUGAAUCCACACUUGCAAGUCUUAAUUCCAUGAUUCACUCCAAUAAUGGAAUGGUUGUCACUUUAUUAAAAGAUGACACCACUUUCAUUAAGGAGCUAUUUGCAAGGCUAAAAUCCCCUACAACAUCUCCUGAUUCCAAGAGAAAUUUGGUGUUUUUCUUACAAGAAUUUUGCACCUUAAGCAAAAGCUUACAAGUAGUUCAACAACUUCGCCUUUUCAGAGAUCUAGUGAAUGAAGGCAUAUUCAGUGUGAUUACUGAUAUCUUACAAAGUGAAGAUAAAAAGCUUGUUCUCACUGGGACAGACAUCCUCAUUUUUUCAUUAAACCAAGAUCCAACCAUGUUGCGUUCCUAUGUCAGCCGUCAAGAAGGCGUCCCAUUGCUCGGCCUUCUGGUGAAAGGGAUGCUUACAGAUUUUGGAGACGAUAUGCAUUGUCAGUUUCUUGAAAUAAUUCGUAGUCUUCUUGAUUCCUUUUCUUCAGGAGGACAGGUUAGGCAGAGAGAUGCGAUUGUUGAAAUAUUCUACGAGAAGCAUCUGGAUGAAGUAGUUAAUGUUAUAACUUCUUCAUGUCCUCCAAAUGGAAGUAAAAACAGUGCAAAGCCUGAGAUACUUAUGAACAUAUGUGAUCUUCUAUGCUUUUGUGUUCUUCAUCAUCCUUAUAGAAUAAAGUGUAACUUCUUGCUUAAUGGUGUUGUAGAUAAAGUCUUACAUCUGACUCGAAGGAAAGAAAAGUAUCUUGUAGUUGCAGCCAUUCGUUUCAUUCGAACUUUAAUCUCACAUAACGAUGAACAUCUUAUGAGUUAUAUUGUGAAGAACAAUGUUUUUAAACCAAUCGUGGAUGCAUUUAUCAGUAAUGGAAGUCGCUAUAAUUUGUUAAACUCUUCAGUUCUUGAACUUUUCGAGCAUAUCCGUAAGGAGAAUAUAAAGACACUGUUGAAGUAUUUAAUUGACACCUUCUGGAAUGAAUUAGCGAAAUUCGACAGUUUACCUUCCAUUCAAUCUCUCAAACUCAGAUACGAUCAGGCACAAGAACACGCAGCGAAUAACCAAAACAACAACACGGAAACGCGAAAACGUGUAGAUGAGCGUGGACUCGAGAAGGAAGAGGAGGAUUAUUUCAACGAGGAUAGUGAUGAGGAAGAUUCUGCAUCAAUGACACGUGGGAGUAGGAUAAGAACACGACCGGGACCCGGUGUAUCAAAUGGAUCUGGUGGAUUGGUUGAUUAUGAAGAUGAUGAGGAUGAUGAAGACUAUAAACCUCCACCAAAGAAACAGGUGGAAGAAGAUGAAGGGACAUUAGAAUUUAGGUUAAAAAGAAAAUUUUUGGCAAAAAAGGAAGAAACAGACAUCAUAAAAAAACGCAAGUUACUUGGAAAAACCCAAACCCAAACCCAAACCCAAAAGCCAAAAGAAAGUGUAUUUGCUACAUUAUGUUCGACUUUAAGUCAAACAGUAUUGCCUACUACUGAUAACAAGUCAACAAAUGAAGAGAACAAAUCUGAGGAAAGUGAAGCAGGAAAAGGAGUUGCCCAGUUAUAAUAUACAAGAAUCCGGGUCAGUUAUACUUGCUCUCUCAUUCAUGAUGCUUUUUGCUUUUUUUUUUUUAUAAAAUUUCCAGCCUAUGUACAAACCCUUUGUUAAUGUUAAACCUCACAAUUUUGAGUAGUUUUUAUUAACUAUGUUCAGCUGUUGUAGAAAUGUGAAAUGUUAAUGGGCAUGUGUAGUGGUUGGUUA